CAUGAGUAUUAUUUGUGUUUUGGAACCAUUGACUUGGUAGUUGACCUGAUAAUUCAAGCUUAUGUUCUCACACUGCUAUUGCUUCUAUAUAAAGAGCCAUAUACAAAGGACAUUAAGCUAUCAAGUAAAUCAAUACUUCAAAAUUUUCGAUAUUUUUCCAUGGCUGUCCUAAGCAACAAUCCUCACAAGGCUAUUGCCGCGACAUUGUUCAUCGUGGCAUUCGUAUCGCUUAGUCUGCACUUUACAGAUGCACAAGUUGGAGUAUGCUAUGGAAUGCUUGGAGACAACUUACCUACCGAAAAAGAUGUAGUGCACCUCUACAAAUCCAACGGCAUAAGGGCAAUGAGACUCUAUAGUCCUAACUUAGCAACUCUCCAAGCCCUACAAGGCUCGGGCAUUAAACUCAUGCUAGAUGUACCGAACGAAACGGUCCCAUCCCUCGCGUCAUCCGAUCCAUCAUCGGCGAUGCAAUGGGUCACGACUUAUGUCGUCCCCUUUGCAUCGUCGAUUAAAUACAUCGUCGUAGGGAACGAGAUUCACCCGUCCGAUAAACAAGCCUCCUCGGUCUUACCCGCCAUGCAAAAUGUUCUAAAUGCACUCAAACAAAACAAAUUAGGAGACCUAAUUAAGGUUUCUACGUCAAUUGAUACAACCCUAAUCGUAAACUCGUACCCGCCAUCCGACGGUCAAUUUAACGACACGUCGUCGUCGUAUACCGCCCCGAUAAUAAAGUUUUUAUCCACUAAUAAAUCCCCCUUGUUAGUGAACGUGUACACUUAUUUUGCUUACGUUAGUAACCAGCGCGAUAUUAGCCUUAAUUACGCGUUAUUUACCUCCCCCGGGACCGUGGUUACCGACCCUAAUAACAACAAGAAUUACAAAAACUUGUUCGAUGCAAUGGUAGACUCGGUGUACGCGGCGCUGGCGAAGGCCGGUGCGCCGAACACGGCCGUCGUGGUGUCAGAAACCGGAUGGCCGUCGGACGGCGGUGACGCGGCUACGGUGAAUAAUGCGGGGACUUAUUAUAGGAACUUGAUUAAUCAUGUGGAGCAAGGGACUCCUUUAAGACCAGGGCAGGCUAUUGAGACAUACUUGUUUGCAAUGUUUGAUGAGGAUAAGAAAAUUGGGGCUAAUACUGAGCGCAAUUUUGGACUUUUUACUCCCACUAAGCAUCCUAAAUAUGGCCAACUCAACUUUAGUUGAUAAGAACUCUUUUUUUUCCCCAAUUAUUCCAACUUUCUUUUCUUUUGUUAUAAAAAUUAAAUGUUUUUUUUGUGUGUGUACCACCCGGUUCACCUUUAUGGCUAAUCCGGAUUCGGGGCGAGUUCUGAGUGGAUAUGUUUCAUUCCCCUCCCAAUUGUUGUUGCGGGGGAUCGAACACGGGUCCUCCCUACCAAGUUCAGCCUCAAUCACCACUGAACCAACAAUCAAUUGGUAUAACACGUUUGCCGGUUAUGAUGAACAUUUUACGUAUGUAUUUGUAUUUCACAAUGAAGUUUAAGAUUGAAGUAUGAGAUAUAAAAUGUUAUGUUUCCCCUUU